AUGGCUCGAAUUCCUUCCCCGUUCACGCCCCAAGAGCAACAACAUUUCCGGAACUUCCCACCGCCACAGACGCUUUUCCAGAACUCAGCCAAUCAAGUUCCUGAUCCGCCCAUUUCGACACCUGAGGUUCAGAACAAUACUGCUCACAUGCCGAAGGAUCAUCUGCUAUCUCCAACGCAGCACUCUCAUGGUCAUAGUCAACAACCGCCUUCUCAAGGUAACAACUACGAGCUUCAACUCCAGGAUGAGACGAUGCAAUCUCUAACUGUCCUGCUUACGAUGCCUGGCCGUGAGAAGUUUACGACUGUUCUCUCUCCCAUACCGUUGGAGAAGACGACUUGUUUCAAUCUCGUUGCUUUCAAUCUGUUUGUAAAUCUCCUCGCUUUCAAUCUGUUUGUCAAUCUCGUCGCUUUCAAUUGGUUUGAUCGGGACAAAAAAGGUCAACUUGUUCGGAAGAUUACCAAGAUUAUUACAAACAAAUUCGAUGGUCCAUAUUAUACUUGGACUUGUGUGCCUCCCGAUCGAAAAGAAAGAUACUUCAUGGAAUUUGCGAAAACUCACACCUGGGAUCCAUUGAUAACAGGAACCGUUCAAGAACAUUUCAACACCAUCUGUAACCGUCGGAUGAAGGGCAUGGUUAGCGAUGCAAGGACGUCUCGAAUUAAACCUUCAUGGAUUGAAGGUACUCUCUGGCAAGAGAUGGUUGAUAAUUGGGAUACUGAAGAACAACAACAAAGGAGUUCAACCUAUUCCAAAUGUCGUUUGUCUGACCGUAAUGGUCUAGGUCCUCACAUCCACUUAUCAGGACCCAAGUCAUAUAGAGAAAUCCAAGAUGAUCUGGAAGAAGAGUUGGGAAGAGAGGUCAGUAUGGGUGAAGGUUUUUUCAAAACACAUACAAAGCCGGAUGAGCUCACCACCGAUGAAUGUACUGCCAUCUUCCUUGAGUGCACUGAGAAGGAUUCACGAGGAACUCCUUAUGGUCUUGGAAGCCUCAAAGCUAAUCUUGGCAAGGGCAAGCAACAAUCACAAACUGAAGCCUUUCUUACAUUGCAAGAGCAACUCAAGGAAGCCCAACGACAAAUUGAAAUUCAGGCGACUCUCAAUGCUGAAGCUGCUGCUCGAGAAAAAGAGACUGCUCUCCUUGUGGCUGAGCAAAAGAAUGAGAUCAAAGAGUUGUCGUUGAUGGCAAAGUUUAUGCGCGACACUAAUCCAGCCUACUUGGAGUUUAUAGCCUCUCAAUCAGCUGAGGAGGACAAUCAACAUUCACCAACAACAUGAUCAACUCCAAUAUGGUUCCUAU